GUGGCGGAAAGGGCGAGGAUGAAGUAAUUUAAGAUGGCGGCUUAGGUCGCCAAGUGGUUUGAAUAAGCAACGGAGCAACGGACAUACCUACUGCUGCUAACGAAUGGAUUACAAACUCAGGAGAUAACAGUGUAUUCACUCGAAACCUCUGAAGCCAGUAGGUUCCUGCAGGUCAGGAAACUGCAGCAGGGGUGUCAUGUUGAAGACUGGUGACAUGAAUGGUCAGAUCAAGGAUGAUCAUACCUUGGACGUGGAGCAGGCCUUUGACCAGUUUUUCACUGCUCUAACUUGCAAGAGUAUUUUAUCCAGUUUCCAUCAACUUCUGGACGUCACUGGCCUACGCCAUGCUGACCAUCGCAACUUUUACACCCGCCUCAAGGAGCAACUUCGCAACUCCUGGAAGGCACAAGCACUGUGGGCUAAACUUGACAAACGAGCCUCACACCGAGACUAUGGCCAUGGAAGGGCCUGUGCAGACACUAAGGUUCUCAUCAUUGGUUCUGGUCCUUGUGGUCUUCGGACAGCAAUUGAAUGUGCUUUUCUUGGAGCACGGGCUGUGAUUGUAGAAAAACGUGACAGAUUCUCCCGCAACAAUGUACUGCAUCUGUGGCCUUACCUCAUCACUGACCUCAAAAACCUUGGAGCUACUUUUUGCGGAAAGUUCUGUGCUGGUUCCAUUGACCACAUAAGUAUACGACAGCUGCAGUGUAUUCUGCUCAAAGUGGCUCUUCUGGUUGGAGUUGAGGUUCAUGUCAACGUUUCCUUUGAUGGUCUAAUAGAACCUUCAGAAGAUGGAAAUAUGGGAUGGAGGUGUAAGUGCACACCAGAGGACCACCCGUUAUCAGAGUAUCAGUUUGAUGUCCUCAUUGGGGCAGAUGGGAAACGUAACACACUUUCAGGUUUCAAGCGAAAAGAAUUCCGUGGCAAAUUGGCUAUCGCUGUCACAGCCAACUUUAUCAACCGUAACACAAAUGCAGAGGCACGGGUGGAAGAGAUCUCUGGGGUGGCCUUUAUUUUUAAUCAGAAAUUUUUCUUGGAUCUAAAAGAGAAGACAGGAAUAGACCUGGAGAAUAUUGUCUACUACAAGGACGACACUCACUACUUUGUGAUGACUGCCAAGAAGCAAAGCCUGCUGGACAAGGGUGUUCUGAUUCAGGAUCAUGGAGACACAAUUGCUCUUCUUGACAGAAGCAAUGUAAACCAGGAAGCCUUAAUGGAUUAUGCCAGAGAAGCUGCAGAUUUUUCAACUAAUUACCAGCUGCCUGCACUGGACUAUGCUGUCAACCACUAUGGCCAGGCUGAUGUUGCUAUGUUCGAUUUUACAUCCAUGUUUGCUGCGGAAAAUGCUUCUCGAGUGAUGGAGAAACAUGGCCACAAGCUGCUGAUGGGCUUAGUGGGAGAUAGCCUGUUGGAGCCUUUUUGGCCAACAGGAUCUGGGUGUGCACGGGGAUUUCUUGGUGCUUUUGAUGCUGCAUGGAUGAUUCGUAGCUGGGCAGGUAGUUGCAUGACUCCUUUACAAGUGAUUGCUGAACGUGAGAGUAUUUUCACCUUGUUGUCACAGACGACACCUGAUAGGCUACACAAAAGUCAUCACCAGUACAGCAUAGACCCAAACACAAGGUACCCCAAUCUGAAUGUAUCAUGUAUCAAGCCCAGGCAAGUUGUUCACCUUUAUGAUGGAGUAGUGGAUCCAAAAGAACUGGAGGAAGGACAAGUGGAGGUGCCUGCUAAACGCCAACGUGGUGCCCACACAAAUGAGUACAGCAUUGACAGCUACAGCUUGCUGCGUUGGUGUCAACGUGUGCUAAACACAGGAGUAUACCGUGGCGUACAUGUUGUGGACUUUACGUCAUCCUGGCGGUCUGGCCUAGCAUUUUGCGCUCUCAUACAUGCGUUUCGACCAGAACUUUUAAAUGUAAAUUCUCUAAUGGAGUGUGAAAUCAUAAAGAACAACCAGUUGGCUUUUGAUGUGGCCCAGAAAGAACUAGGUGUUGCACCUGUCAUGAAAGGUGAAGACAUGGCAGCUUGUGAUGUGCCAGACAAACUUACGAUGGUGGCCUAUCUCUCACAGUUCUAUGAGCUCUUCAGGCUGGAACCCUUACCUUCUACCAUUCCAAUCCGACCUAGAGUCAAAAAGCCAAGUGGAGAUGACAAACCAAAGUCACCCCGUUCUCCUAGCCAUAAAGUGUCUCUCCUCAACAAAAUCAGUGCCCGCAUAAAAACAAAAAAGAGAAAAGAAAAGGAAGAUGGAGAGGAGAGUCCAUUAGGGUCCAAAAAAUCAAGAGAUGAAUAUCUUCAGCCAGUAGAAUUGACCAAAUAUAGCAAACUACCCAUGGAGGAAAUUGCCAACAGACUUCAACUGGAUAAAAAGCAAGCUAUCUCAAAGGACAAACAAGCCAAGCCUGGAGAUACAGGCAAUGUUAGCGUCACUGCCAGGGCAGAAGUCUUGGUAGCCAAGUUCAAAAGUAAUGUAGAUCAGCCUGCACCACCCCCUAUUAGAAGAUUGAAAGGACAGCCAAUCCUCCCAGCAGCACAACCAGCCAGUGAGUUUUGCUACUUCUGUCAGAAGCGAGUGUACAUCAUGGAACGAUUGAGUGCUGAGGGAGUAUUUUUUCAUCGCCACUGUCUAAAGUGUGACUUCUGCAGUGUAGGGCUGCGUUUAAACAGCUAUUCCUGUGAGAAAUUACCAAAUGGUGAAGCAAAGUUCUUCUGCUAUCGACAUGUACUUCCUGAGCUUCGGGUGAGUGGGAAACGAAAGAGAGAUCUCACUGUCAAUCAUAAUGAUGUCAAGGAGAACAUUCCAGAGACUGUAAUAACACCAGCAGAGGAAAUCCCAGCAGAACCAAAAGUUGAACAUACAACACCCAAGAGGAAAAUUCCUGCUCCUUUGCAAGUUCCAGGGGAGCCUAAGGAGAAAGCCAAGAAGACACCUGAAAGAGUAGAAUUUGAAAUCUCAUUUGAUGGCCAGGAGGAGGAGUCAGAGGAGGAGCAGUUUGAACACAACAUGCGUGCAUCAAUGUCAUCGGACUCCAUCCUGGAUAACACUGAUGAGGAAGACUCUGAUGCUGACCAGAUUCUCCAUGAGACUUCGAAGUCUCAGGUUUUGGAGGUAAUACUACCACCUAAUCAGUGUGAGCUUGAUGGCUACGUAUCAGAGUCAGAGGUGGCGCGAAUUCUGGACGAGUGGUCCAGCGCUGAGGAAGAUGUUUGGGAACUGGCUCGAGACUCCUUGGCCACUGCUGGCCAUCCACUGACACUAGAGGAGGCCUUCCAACUGAAGAGCACUUGGGAGCGCCAACACUCCACAGAAAAUCUGGUGGAAGCCAUGGAGUUUGACCAGCAGCCUCAGCAUCGGCAUCCCCGUGGUGCCUACAUGCGCUUGCGUGCUGGCGAUGAGGAUGAUGAUGACGAUGAAGGUUCUUCUACAGAAGUGGAGGAUUCAGAAUAUGAGACAGGCGAUUCUACAGAUGAUGAACUUACAGAGGAAGAAAGUGAGGUCACACAUGGGGCAUCGACAGCGGACACACUGGAGGGUGGAGGAACAGAGGAGUCUGCUGCCACCACCACCACCUCCCCCUCCAGUCCAGCUAUGAAAAAUGCUGCACGAGCCAGCUUCUUCUCUGCACCCCCCACAGUAGUGCGUCUUGAUCCUUGGCGCAUGUUCAAUAGGAGCAAGGCUGAAGAAGCACCAGAAGAACCCAAGAAAGAACAUAGUGCUUGUGUUGAUGUGGUGGUUGAGUGUGACAACAGAGAGCAUCCAAAGCACAAAGAGGUUGAGGAUGAAAAUAAGGACACAGAUGUGUCAGAAAGCUUGGAGAUGGACUCGCACAAAUCCAGAAGUCCAGUGUCUUCAAGCAGAGGUUCAUUAGAGGAUUUGGCAGAGGAUGUGUCUGGAAGAGACUUGCCAGCUGAGGAGGCACAGGAGGAUGCAGACUUGGUGGUUGAAGAGCCAAGUGUUGUGAAGGAGGAGAGUGAAGCUGUGAAAGAGAAGAGCAAGGCUGUGGAGGAUAACAAGGCUGAACAUACACAAGCCCAAGCUGCUCAAAGUCUGGAACAGCUGCUCUUGGAUAUUGACCAUAAGAAUUCCAGAGAUGGAGACAGCUUGCAUCUAACUAGCAGUGCUUCAGAUGUGGAUGCAGUGGUUUCUGUCAAAGAUGAGGAGGAAGAGGAAGUGUUUCAACAAGAAAAGGAACCAGAGAGUGGCCACCCUAAAGGGGAACCCUCUAAAGAAGAACCAGGUGGUGAUAAUUUAGAGACCUCAGAUACCAUGAAUUCUUCUGAACCUAGCAAAGAUGAUCAGGGGAAGACACCCAAUGAAAACACUGAAGAGUUGGUUCUUCGCAGCGUUUUAGAAAUGGAGGAUACAACAAGAAGUACUUCAGGUGACGAUACCUUACAGCAGGUCCUGCUAGAAGUUGCUGCAUUGUCAGACUUGUCAGACACAGAGUUAAAGCAGAACCAACAGUUUCAAGAGCUGGAUGAACGUUUUGUCACAGACCGCAAGAAGCCUAGGAAGAACCGGGGCAGCAGAACCGGUCACUCAGGUUCUCAGUCCAGCCUGACAAUCUCCACACCAUCCCAGUCUGCUAGCUCAUCCUCCUCUAGCUCUCUGGAUGAUGUGGUCAAGUACAAUGAGCAGCUGCUGACUUCAGGUGAGGCCAACGAUCUGCAGCCUGAUAAAGACAUGAUGCAGGACUAUAAGUUGACAAUGAGCUUGGUGUUGGAUGAAAGCUUCUCAGAUGCUGAAGCUGACAACUCUUUGGUCUGGAAGCCACUUUCCUCCAUUGUUGAUGAGCUGAAUGAGACCCUCAAGAAGGAGGAUGAAGAGUCUAAACCUGAGGAGCUCAACAAAUCAGAUGCAAGCAGUGUCUACUACACACCUCAGACUAGCAGGGAAGAAGGAGAGAAAGAAAAGAGGGAAGAAGCAAGAGUUUCCCAGUCUGUCAGUGCAGAUAGUGUUUAUGUCAAAGAAAAGGCUGUGCGAAAAGGAAGAGACUCACAGAAGCCCAGGCCUGCUGCCAGGACAACAUCCCGUCAGCCACCUAAGAAGGUUGACUCUACUGGCAGAUCCAAAAAGGUGGGUAAAACUGGACAAAUGCUUCCUGAUGCACCAAAACUUGAGACUCCAGUGCCACAAACUAGGCAGAAAGUGCCAGCUGCCUCACCCAGGAAGACUGCUAGCUUAGUUAGUGCCUCCAAGACAACAGCCCCUAAACCAGCAAAGGGCUCUUCACCCCGCACCAAUCGUAAAUCAACAGCUAGCGUGAGUUCUGAGUUGUCCAGGCCACGUGUGGCAUCAUCUGCAAGCAAAUCAUCUGGAAAAUUGCCCAGUACUUCUUCCUGUGCAUCCACGGAUUCCUCCCGCUCUUCAGUUGUGAGGCCACUGCCAAGGCCUGGUGUCACCAAAAAGUUGACAUCCACUGCUUCCAAGGACUCAAGCAGCAGUACAUCAGUUGUUCUAGGAGACCCCACUGUUUGUGAAAGAAGUGUUCCACAAGCAGGUGGGGUGAAAACAAAGAUAAUGGUGGACAGAGGUGCCCUUUGGUCAGACUCAUCAACAGAUCACCAGAGUUCCGACUCAGAGUUUGUUAAAAAGAAGAUUCCUGUAGAUGUCAGUGUCUGUGCUCUACCCCAGCCUGAAUCUCCUUGCAAACCCAGUGUAGUCAGUGAUAUUGAAGACAUUCCUUUUGCUGAUGAGAGUGAAGUUGAGGAAAAAUUUUACACUCCCUCUACAUCGUUGAAGGCCAAACCACCAGUUGACCCAAAGCAGUCUGAUGGUGUGAGAAAAAAAGUGCUGUCCAAUGUGCCAAGCAAAGAGGUUGAACCUUCCAGGGGUAAGCAGCUGGCACAAGACAAGACAAAGUUCAAAAGCACAGGUGGCCAACAAAAAGGGCAACUGUUAUUGAUAGCAUGGGUGCUGCUGCUAGCCUGAAAGCUGGUGUGCAUUUAUGGAGUGAUCCUAGGGACAGACGCAGCUCAUCUUAUGACACUCCCAGCACUCCUGAUGUUGUUUCUGACAGUGAUGAUAAUGUGCAGCACUCUGCCAAUGCCACAUCCAGUGCUAGC